AUGAACGACCUGAGCUACCUGUCUCGUCCAAACACAGUCAGUUUCCGGUACAAAGCCAUAACUGACGUACUGUGGGAAAAGACCGACAAGGCACCCGAAAAGGAAAACUUUAUCGAGCGAUUUGUGGGAUGUGGAAGAAGAACGCUGACAAACAGAGAGCUUCAAAAUAGGUCCAUAGUGGUAGCAAAGUACCUGACCCUCAUAGGAAUCAUACCAGGGGAUAAAGUAGCCAUUAUUGGGCCCAACUCUAUCGAAUGGAUCAUAGCCCAAUUUGCAAUCUUCUUAACAGGAGCUGUCGCUGUUCAGGUGAACAAAACAUCGGAGUCUUUCGCCGAGACUAUUAAGUUACUUAAAACUUUAACAUGUAAAGUUGUUCUGCUCGACCCUGAUUCAGACGAACAGUUCUUAUCAGACACGAAGAAGUAUAUCAACAACAAUGAACAUAAACAGGAUCGACUUACAAUUGUUUUACUACAAAAAUCAACACUCUCUUCCCUCCCCUCACUGACCGACAUCACACUAACAGAUUCAGAAGCGUCGAUCUCGUUGCCAAGGAUACAGCCAGAAAGUAGUGCCUUGAUUUAUACAACUUCCGGUUCAACUGGAGUUCCAAAAUUGGUCGAAAUGACUCAUAUGGCAGUUGUAAAUGCUCCCUAUAAUGCCUUUUUGGGAACGGGAGGAGACUUAACAAUCGGCACCUGCUAUAACGACUGUUUAUUUUCUUGGAUAGGGGGCUCGCCAAUAUUCAAUGUCUUAAAUGGAAAUGCACGAGUGUUUGUAAAGUCUGCAAUAAGUCUGAAAAAAGAAAACAUCAUGGCUGUUUGGGAUAUCAUCAUGACGGAACAGUGUUCAAACGCCAUAUUUUUUCCGCACACUGUCUUAGAUUUGAUUGAAAAACAGGACGCCAUUUUGAAGCUAGGGCAUCAGUUAUACGCCAUUGCAACCGGCGGUCAGACGAUCAGCAGCCAUCUCUCUGAAAUAUGCGGGAAACUUACACAGAAGCUUUUUGUAGAUUAUGGCUCCACGGAAGUCGGAAUUGUAUCACUAACGGAACUCACACCGGGAAUGGAGACUGGAUAUGUCGGACCUUUGUUUCCAGGAUAUGAGGUAAAAGUCAUAGGGGAGAGCGGCGAAACUCUGAACCGCGGAAUUUCGGGUGAAAUUCUUAUCAGGUCGCCAUGGAUGUUGAAAUCCUACCGUAAUUCCGCAAAACUAAACCAUGCUUGUUUUGCUAGCGGGGGCUGGUUUCCAACAGGGGAUAUCGGAGUCAUUACAACGAAAAGCAAGUUAUUUGUUAAGGGCAAGUCCACUGAAGUGAUUAAGCGAGGAGGUGUGAAAGUGUUGGCGAGUGUAGUGGAAACUGUCAUUAUGAAACUACCGGAAGUAAAAGAAGCUGUUGUACUCUCUGUGCCGGACGUCCGACUGUUUGAGGAAAUUUGCGCAUGCGUUGUCAUGGUAAAUAAUUCAAAUACAACGGAAAAUGAACUACAUCGAAUGUGUAGGAUGACCUUAGGAGACAACAUGUUGGGUAGUGCUCCGUCCUUCUUCCUACGUUUUAAUGAAUUCCCAAGACUUCACAACGGCAAGACGGACAAACUGUUUCUAAAACGGCUAGCGAUAGACAGAUUGAAGCUGACCUGA